GAAUCGUCAAAUCACCACUCGCUGGAAACUUCUUGGCAGCGCAGAUGAGAGAGCACCUGAAGGAGCAGGAAAUUGAGGUAGUACCGACAUACAAAAUAGCAUCCAAGGAAGCGGUGAAAGACGGUGAUCCACCCGUGUGGACCGCUAAGAAAAACAUACCUGCAGUAUCUUCAUCAUAUCACAACUACAUGGUGGAUAACGUUAUAGAAGACUUGAUGCAACAUGUCCUUCAGGUCACGACAGACCAGCAUCCGACGAUGAUCUCAACAUGAUACCAGCGACGAACUUUGAGUUUCCUAACGGGUACAGUGCUAUGUUCGGAGCUGAGCGGUUCAAGAUUCCAGAGCCUCUGUUCGAUCCUAUCGGAACCAAUCUUCGGAUUUUGGGAGGUGACAUGUUAGCGAUGCAGCAUGUCGUAUCUAGCAGUAUCAGUAUGUGUGAUGUAGAUGUGCGACCCAGUUUGUGGAGUAAUAUCAUACUUGCUGGAGGCACCACUCUUAUGAGCGGUUUCAGCGAGAGGUUAACGACGGAGUGUGCGGCUAAAACUACCUCCAGCAUGAAAGUGAAGGUGGUAACGGGAGGGAACACAUCUGAUAGAAUAUUCUCUGCUUGGGUCGGUGCUUCUAUUCUUGCUUCUCUUGGAAACUUCCAGGAACUGUGGAUAAGUAAACAAGAGUACGAAGAAGAGGGUAAACUAGUCGUGGACAGAAAGUGUCCAUGAAACACAUAUAGCUAAAUAAACAAUCUUCUAAAGUGACGUCAUCACUACCACGUGACGUCAUCACUACCACGAUACCAGUGACGUCAUAACCUUAUUAUAAAGAAAGCACCAUCCAUGUCGGGCUGAUUGUUGGGUACGAUGAAGGACAAGAUCAUUAGCUUAAUCACACAUUUUAAUUUAAUGUUGACUCUUAUUAUUUGUUUUAUCGUAAAUAGGCGGAUUUUCAGAUAAUCUUUAGCUUUCUUCCGAAUUUAAGCAUGUUUCCUAUUGACUGUUAUUGACUGUUUGGCGCUGUGUCAUUGGUUAUUCGAACAUCCAUUACUAACUGAAUGAUAGUACAACUUUUUAUCAGAUAAUCUUUAUCGGAAGUUUAUUGGCGAGAUUUUUCAUAAGAACAUGUCCCUACAGUUAAAUUGGAAGAAAGUAAUAAAGUAGUAUUGAUCAAAUAAUCGUAAGUGAUACCCUGUUAUGAAUAUGAUUCGUCCGAUGAUAAAAGAGCAUACACCUUUCUUAGCCUAUAUUGUAACCAUUAUCGUUUCUAACUUAUAUUUCUCAAGAUAGUUAUUAAUGGUUUGCCGACGAUGUAAUUAUAUUUUUUAUUUAAAUAUAUACUCAAAUAACAAA